AAACUCUCUCCAGUCUCGACUGUCCGUUUACGACGGUAAACACAAUCGGGAAAAUAAGACCAAAAGUUGGCGCCUAUAACGGAGGCCCAAACCCCUUAUUCUCUCUACCAUUUCACCCACCUAGUCGAGCGACUUAACCGCCUCUCUCUCAGUUUCUUUCAGGUUUCACGGUUUCUGUUCCCCAAGCGGAGAAAGGAGUCAUGGUUGGGGCAGUACAACUAGGAGGAGGACCGGUAUUGGGGAAGGUGAAUGGGAGGGCGGAGAUCUUGUCCGAGGUGUUCGAUCCGAUUGUUGUCGUGGCGGAACCGUUGCCUCCCGUUGUGGAAGCCGACGGCGUGGUUGUAGGAGAAGAGGCGGGGAAUAAGCAGAAGAAUGGGGUUAGAGAGAUCGUUCUCGGGAGGAACAUGCAUACCACAUCUCUCGUCAUUACGGAGCCGGAUGCCAACGACGAGUUAACGGGCGAUAAGGAUGCUUACAUGGCUGGCGUCUUGGCUCGAUACAGGAAGAACUUGAUUGAGCGGACCAAGCACCAUCUAGGUUAUCCUUAUAAUCUAGACUUUGAUUAUGGAGCUCUUGCUCAGUUGCAACAUUUUUCCAUCAACAAUCUUGGUGAUCCAUUUAUAGAGAGCAAUUAUGGGGUUCACUCCAGACAGUUUGAAGUUGGAGUUUUGGAUUGGUUUGCUCGGCUCUGGGAAAUAGAGAAAAAUGAUUACUGGGGAUACAUCACAAACUGUGGUACAGAGGGCAAUCUUCAUGGAAUUUUAGUUGGGAGGGAAGUGUUUCCUGAUGGGGUUUUAUAUGCAUCAAAUGAAUCACAUUACUCGGUCUUUAAAGCAGCAAGGAUGUAUAGAAUGGAAUGUGUAAAGGUUGACACUCUCAUCUCGGGUGAGAUUGAUUGUGCUGAUUUCAAAAAGAAACUACUUGCUAACAAGGACAAACCAGCAAUAGUCAACGUCAAUAUAGGAACAACUGUUAAAGGAGCUGUUGAUGAUCUGGAUCUUGUAAUACAAACUCUUGAAGAGAGUGGAUUCUCACGUGAUAGAUUCUAUAUUCACUGUGAUGGAGCUUUGUUUGGACUGAUGAUGCCUUUUGUCAAGCGCGCACCAAAGGUUUCUUUCAAGAAGCCUAUUGGAAGUGUGAGUGUCUCUGGCCACAAGUUUGUGGGAUGUCCAAUGCCUUGUGGUGUUCAGAUAACUAGAAUGGAGCACAUCAAUGCACUCUCAAAAAAUGUGGAGUACCUAGCUUCUAGAGAUGCCACAAUCAUGGGAAGCCGAAAUGGCCAUGCACCUAUUUUCCUCUGGUAUACCCUCAACAGAAAAGGUUACAAAGGGUUCCAGAAAGAAGUUCAGAAGUGUCUUAGAAAUGCUCACUAUCUGAAGGACCGAAUGCAUGAAGCUGGGAUCAGUGCCAUGCUGAACGAACUCAGCAGCACAGUGGUGUUUGAACGGCCUCAAGAUGAAGAGUUUGUUCGUAGGUGGCAACUCGCAUGCCAAGGCAACAUUGCACAUGUUGUAGUGAUGCCUAAUGUCACCAUUGAGAAGCUGGAGGUUUUCCUGAAAGAAUUAGUUGAAAAUCGGUCUACUUGGUACCAGGAUGGGAAGGCUCAACCUCCUUGUCUUGUGUCAGAUGUAGGAAGAGCUAACUGUCAUUGUCCUUUGCACAAGUGAUGAAUUGUCGUCAUUGUGCCUGUUGUAGUUGUUCUCAUUCCUUCUUUCUGUUUGUAAUGAACUUUUCGGUUUCACCAUAAUUUAGAUUUAAUAAUGCCUUGGUAUGAGCAUA